CUCUGCAGUAACGCUGACAGGGCUGUAUGAAGCUGAAACUCAGCUCAGCGGAAGGCGGUCAGGGUUUAUCUUUUGAUAUAAAGUAAAUACUUUUCCUUUCUACGGCCGGGAAAACGGGACUUUGACACCAUGAGUACCAUGUUCGCAGACACCAUUUUGAUCGUCUUCAUCUCCAUUUGUACAGCGUUGUUAGCCGAAGGGAUUACCUGGGUUUUAGUGUAUCGGACUGAAAAGUACAAGAGGCUAAAGGCUGAAGUGGAAAAGCAAAGCAAAAAACUUGAGAAGAAAAAGGAAACCAUAACUGAAUCUGCUGGACGCCAACAAAAGAAGAAGAUUGAAAGGCAAGAGGAGAAGCUGAAGAACAACAACAGAGACCUGUCUAUGGUGCGGAUGAAAUCCAUGUUCGCCAUUGGUUUCUGCUUCACAGCUCUCAUGGGCAUGUUCAACUCCAUUUUCGAUGGAAGAGUUGUGGCCAAAUUGCCAUUUGUGCCACUGUCGUAUAUCCAGGGACUGUCACACCGCAACCUGCUGGGCGAGGAUUACACCGACUGCUCCUUUAUUUUCCUCUAUAUCCUCUGCACCAUGUCCAUCAGACAGAACAUUCAGAAGAUGCUCGGUCUUGCACCCUCCAGAGCUGCAACCAAACAGGCCGGAGGCUUUUUAGGACCUCCUCCACAAGCAGCUAAGUUUUCGUAAUCAGCAGCCCAGAUGUUCCUGCACUGCUGCCUGCAGUCAUAGCGCCCCCACCAGCGCACAGACAGAACUGCUCCUGCUGAGGUUAAAAGUCUUACCUGUUGCAGCUACAGUACCACUACUUUCUGUUUGAUUUCUUAUUCAUUUUGUUGUUUAUUUAACAUUAAACAUUACAUCUGUUUUGGUUAGAAUUAUAGGAAAAUUAUAGUUCAUUCUGUUGAUUAUCAAAGGUUACAAAUGUCAGCUGUGCAUUUAGCACAAUUCAUGGAGUGUUUGGAGAUUUUAAAUUAACGAUUGACACAGUAACAUCUGAUCCAGUUUCAGUAUUAUUGUAUGUCAUUGUGUACUGUUGUGUCAUGCAUAUUAAUAAAGUUUUAUGAUUAUA